CACUUCACAUCAUCCAUUUCCAAAGUAACAAUCUUCAUCAUCAUCCACUUCAACCAAGUCUCCAAGACAGAGUGACCCAACCCAACCCACUUCGUCCUUCAGGAUAAGCCUUCUUCCUUCCUUCCUUCAAUGGCUACUGCAUCUUCUGUAGUACCCUCCGCUGCUCUCUCCUCUCUCUCCCUCCGCUCCUCCUCAUCCUUCUCCCUCCUCCCCUCAACCACCAAACUCCCCUUCUUCCCUCUCCUCACCAGACCCCUCCUCUCCACCACCUCCUCCACCACCGUCUCCUCCAAAUGCAAACCCACCGACGACAUUGACACCACCUUCUUCGACACCGCAAACCCAGAAGAAGACCUCCCCUUCAACCCACCAGAAAUCCCCGAAGGCUUCGUCCCUCCUCCUUCCAUCGACGACGGCCCCAUCGAAACCGAGGACGAAAUCGCCGCCGCGUAUGAGGAAAUCUACGGCCCUGCUUACAGCGGAGUGUCGGUUCUGGGUAAUGACAUCCACGUGAUGGACUCGAAGGCGAAGAAGGAUACUGGGUUCGGGUCGGGUGUGAAGAAGGAGAAGGUGAGAGAUGGGUUUGAGGAGAGGGUGGUUCAGGUGAGGAGGAUCACCAAGGUGGUUAAGGGAGGGAAGCAGUUGAAGUUCAGGGCGGUUGUGGUCGUCGGUGACAAGAAAGGUAAUGUGGGUGUUGGUGUUGGCAAGGCCAAGGAGGUUGUAGCGGCGGUUCAGAAAUCUGCUGUCAAUGCUAGGAGGAACAUUGUCAGUGUGCCUAUGACUAAGUACUUGACUUUCCCACACAGAUCUGAUGGAGAUUAUGGAGCGGCAAAGGUGAUGCUUAGACCUGCUUCUCCUGGUACUGGAGUUAUUGCAGGUGGGGCUGUGAGAAUUGUUCUUGAAAUGGCAGGUGUUGAGAAUGCUUUGGGAAAGCAACUAGGAAGUAAUAAUGCACUCAACAAUGCCAGAGCAACUGUUGUUGCUGUGCAGAAAAUGAGACAGUUCCGUGAGGUCGCUGAGGAACGUGGAAUCCCAAUGGAAGAGUUAUGGAAGUGAAGAAACUUGUGAAGCCAAUGCGAUAUUUAUUCAUCAAUCAUUGUGAUAUAGAAAUGUUCUUUGUACCUCUCUGGGUAAGGAAGUGAAAUGUUGUUCCAUUUUUGUUGAAAGUUUCUUAGAAGCAAACAAUUUCUUCACGAUGCUACUUGUUCAACCUGAAUCAUAUUCUUUACCUGCCUGUUUAAUUUGUAUUUAUGGUUGUCCAGUUUA